AUGCGAGUUCAUCUCAACGGUGAUCCCUCUGCCCAGCAGUUUGCAGAUAAUCUACUGAAACUAGGAAAUGGAGCCCUUACUUCAGAAAAUGAAGAUGGAUAUGUAGCGAUGCAAGGCAUUGGAAGGAUUGUGACUACUGAAGAAGAACUGAAAGAGGCUGUGUUUCCGAAUGUGAUUCACCACUUCACUGAUCACGCAUGGCUGUGCGAAAGAGCAAUUCUUGCCCCAACAAACGAAGCCGUCAGUGUUAUCAACAAGGAACUUUUACAGAACUUACCCGGAACUCUUCAUAUUUACAAAUCUAUAGACACGACAUGCAAAAUUGACGAGGCUGUCAACUAUACGACAGAGUUUCUCAACAAAUUAGAGCCACCUGGAGUACCCUCCCACAUAUUGGACUUGAAGGUUGGAGCACCGAUAAUUCUCCUCAGGAAUCUGGAUCCGCCUGCACUUUGCAAUGGAACAAGACUUUCUAUCAAGAAACUGAUGCCAAAUAUUAUAGAAGCCACCAUCAUGACCGGACAUGCUGCAGGCGAAGAUGUGUUUUAUUUCAAGAAUUCCUAUAAUCCCUUCCGAUCUCCAGUUUUCAGUUUAAAGCGUCUAAAAUUCCCUGUUCGUUUGAGUUUCGCGAUGAGCAUUAAUAAGGCACAAGGACAAUCUCUCAAAGUUGUAGGGCUCGACCUCCGUAAGCCGUGUUUCUCCCAUGGUCAACUGUACGUGGGUUGUUCAAGAGUUGGUAAUGCCGAUAAUCUACACAUCUUAGCUCCGAAUGGAAGAACAUUAAAUAUAGUUUAUCCCGAGGCUCUCUAA